CCAAACGGACAAACAAAAGCUAUAAAACCCUGGUGACUGCUGGACUGGUUGUGGCUGGUGAGCUUUGCAAAAUGCUAUCUAAAGGAAUUGGAACAUUGGCAACAACUACAACUAUGGCAGCAAGAUCCUUAUCCAUAGCUCACAUCCCCAGGCAUAAACUCAGACGGGUUUUCACUCCUUUGUCAUUUUCUUCUUCAGCAUCCGAAGCAAGAAAGCUGGUUCUCUACUCAAAGCCUGGUUGCUGUCUAUGCGAUGGCCUCAAAGAAAAACUCCACGCCGCCUUCUCACUGUCUGGCCCAGAUUCCCUACAUGACAUCGUUUUACAGGUGAGGGAUAUUACCAGCAAUCCUGAGUGGGAGAAGGCAUACCAAUAUGAGAUACCCGUUUUAGCCAAAGUACUCUCUGAUGGCACUGAGGAAAUACUGCCUAGAUUAUCUCCUCGACUUGGGCCGGAGCUUGUCCAAAAGAAGAUAGCAGCUGCUUUUAGACAGUAAUAGUCUGUAAUUUUUGGUUAUAUGAUGGAUAUUGAAGCUCAUGUAGAACAAGUAGGGAAAAGGAUUUUGAUAUAAAAUGAAAACUUGCAUCAAUCAUGGUUCUUUAAUGUCAUAUUCAUUCCAUUUUUUACAACUUUUGACUAAUCCAUUGUUUCAAUGGCCCCAAGCUGUCCGUGCUUUGAUUGCUAUUAAACUUCUGCCUUUAUAUGGUGCACGA